AUGGGUCCUGGAGGACCAGGAGGACCUGGAGGGCCUGGUUGGGGUCCUGGAGGACCUGGAGGACCUGGUUGGGGACCUGGAGGACCCGGAGGACCUGGUUGGGGACCUGGAGGACCCGAAGGGCCUGGAGGGCCUGGUUGGGGACCUGGAGGACCUGGAGCGCCUGGUUGGGGUCCUGGGGGACCUGGAGGGCCUGGUUGGGGUGGAGGUCCUGGUUGGGGGCCUUUUGGUUGCUUAGAUCAAUGUAUGUGGUUCCUCUGCUGUUGUGGAUUGCUGAGAGGGUGCUGCGGAUUUUGCUGCCCACCUUUCGGGCCUCCUCGUUAGUUGAACUAACGAGAUAUCUAGAUCCUUAGCUGAGAGAAAUGCUCAACAUGAAGGCAAGCGGUAUUCAUAGGCAAGUCACCACUUCAGGAUAAUAAUCAACUUGGAAAGAAUCACCUGCAGGAUUAGAUUUUCAGACCACUUAUUCCAUUAUUUCAUCAUUUCGGGUAGGUUCAUAAAUGCUGAAUGAAACAACAUUUAUUUGUCAAAUCUUAUUCAUGAUUCAACUCUGAGUAUUAUUUGAGGGUAGAAGGCUCAGUUUGACUGUGAACAGCAGGCGAGGAUUUUUUGAUUUUUUUUCGGUCGAGUGAGAAAUUUUCAGUCAAAUAUGCUGCAGCGAAAUUCGCAAAUAUAUAUUUGAAUAUUGGGAAAGUUUAAACUUUACUGCAGUUAAAACAAAAUGACAAAAAUGGUACAGGAAAUAAUAUUCGAGCCCUUUUAGUUUUGUUUAUUAA